CUCAUAGUUGGCGCCUCUCAGCAGGGCCAAAAACCUCAAACGCCACCAUAAAACUCUCCAUGAAAGAUUUCAAAGCCACAACACAAGACCCAUUUGUCUGAACCUCCAAAAACCCACACAAAACCCUUUGAAAACCAAUGGCUUCAUCUUCGCCACCAGGCAUGGUGGUCCACAACCGCUUCUUAGGGUUCCUCAUAUGGCAAUCUAUCCCCUCCACUGUCAUCUUCUUCAUCUUCAAAACCCUCUCAUCAACCAUCUCUUCCACUUCUCACUCCACCGCCAAACCCCCAUUCCCCUUUGCCCCGUAUGUUUUUUCCUUUAUUACAUUCUUGACCUUCCACCUUUCACAGCUUCUCUUCUCCUUCUCACUCUCCCUCAUCUCCUCACCCCACCCCCGCGGCCUAGUCUCUCCUCUUCAGCUCGCUCUCGGCCUCAUACGCUUCCUUUUCGUUCCCGGUGGCUCCGAUUUAUCAGAGUCUCCCGAGUCUCGGGUUCGGGCUAAGUUAUCGGUCGGGUUCCUGCUGUUUUUGGCAGCGGUGGCGGUUUCGGGGUUCGUUGCGGUGGUUUCGGUGUGUGUGAAAUUUGGUGAUGGGGUUGGGAUGAUUGGGGCAGUGGGGUUUAGGGGUUUUGUGAUGGGUUUGCUUUAUGGCUUGUAUUAUGUCUAUUACCGCAGAUGGGUCUUCGAGUUUCCCAUUAUUCAGCGUCCUCCUUUUUUCAGCUUCAAGAUGGGACUCCCUUCAGCUAUCACACGAUCCUUGAAGCUAUCCUGCCUGGCAUCCCUAUUUUCAGCUUUUCUGGUGGUGUUUCUGCCCCACCAGCUUCAGAACCAAGCUACAAUCGGAAAGGUCAUUGCUGAGCAGAUUAUAUUUUACAUUGGGAGUUUCUUAGUGUUUCUCUGCUGGGAAAUAAGUCACCAUUUACAUCAGGUUCUUCAUACAAAGAGGUUUGUAUUUGCACCACCUAAAGGAUCAGCAGCAGCAGAAACAAAUCCAAGUGAGCAUCUCCUUUCAGCUCUGGAAGAAAGCAGUCCUAAUUCUCUUCUCCAGUAUCUUGCAUAUCUUGAUCUCUAUAUGGUUUGUGAGAAUAAUGUUGAUACUUGGCGACGAGCUGCAUUUUUUGAAGAAAGUGGUGAAACUUACAAAAGAGUUAUAUAUGUAUGCUUGCGGCCUCUGGAGCAGCUUGCAUCAAAGUUGGGCGAAGGCUUGGAAAGUUCUGUUGAAAAAAGCUCCCAAAUAUCGAAUCAGUUACUGUCUCCAACUGACCAGCGACUAGACCCAAAAUACUCUGAGCCAUUGAACAACUUCCAGCUAUAUGCGUGGUGUGCCUGGACAGCUGCCUCACUGACUACAUGCUCACACAGAGAGGACAGAUUUGGGGUUGCCCAGCUUUCUGGCAGUAAUGCUGCUGUGAUAUCAACACUGAUUUCUUGUCUUCUUGCUGUUGAAUCAUACAUGGGGAAGAAGACCAAUUUCCAAUCUGCACAGCAUUUUAUGGGGUCGACUGGUUUUAAAUUGAGAACCUCUAGUGCGGGGAAUAUUGGCAUGGGUAAAAAGAGAGCUGGCCCCCUUCAUUCAAAAGCAUAUGCGAUUGCUGAUGUUCUUAGGAACUCAAUCUACCAUAUUGUGUCUACUUUCCAUGAUCAGAUGGCAAGCAGUGGUAAGAAGGGUCUUCUUGAGAAGGAUUGGAUCAUCAGUGACAAGCCUCCUUUUGGAACACGCGAGCUUCUAGUGCAGAAAUUGCAUCUUUUCCUGGACUUUCGAGCUAGCUAAUUGCUUGUCAAUUUGCCGGGAUUCAAAACCUCUUCUUGCCUAUUGAAUCAUUGGACUUGGGGCGGCAUACAUAUGAAGAGCUGGUUUGUUUCUUAACCUAAGUUAGUGGUGGGUGGAAAGCUGAAGGAGAUAACAUCAUAUUUAUUACAAAGUAAAACCAUAUGGAUCCUAUGAAUUAAGCUGUAUGGUUGAUAGAAGGCACUUGCAUCAACUGUUAUACCGAAAUCAAAGGUUUUUCCCAUCCCGUUUUCUUUGUGUUAUAGCCGGGUUCGAAUUAAUUUUGCUUUAUGGUUAACAACUGAAUGAAGUAUUGUCAAUUGAAAGACUUUUUUU